AUGUCGUCUAUGAAGAACAUUUUCGUCGUGACAGUUAUCUUGGCCACUGUUUGGGCCGUGUCGUGCCACGGGCCGCCACAGGAUCGAGACAAGGAAGACAUCGCCAUGGGGCGGAAGAUGGGCGGCAAAUGGUGUGGCAUGGCCAAGUCGUGCAACCACGACCGCGUGCCGGUGUGCGGGGCGUCCCACGCCGGCGACGUCGUGGGGUUCCGGGACCUCUGCGACAUGUUCGACUUCAACUGCAUCCGGAGACGCAAUUACAAGCAGACGAACUGCCCCAUCGACAAGUCUAUGCUCACCGUGUCUCGGCGACCCACCAGCAGUUACUAUGACGAUUAAUUACCUACCUACUUCAAUUACACUUUUAUAGCAGACAUAUUAUAGAUUAUAGGUAGUUAUAGGUUCAUAAAUUUAAUACAAUAUUGUAGGUUUAUCUUAUCUUACCUAGAAUACCUAUUUAAUGUAGGUGCCUAAUCCGGGCCUGUAUACGUAAUAUAUUCAGUUUAGAUUUAAAACUUUUAUUACUAGACUUAAUGCAAUAAACCUACUUACUUAUUAAUAAAAUAUACUUACAUAGAACUGAA